CGCACGUCUAAGAAUUAGAUAAUAGACAUACAAUACAUGGGUUUGCGGGUUAAUAUAUAGCGGAGCAAUUGGGGUAUCGAUUACUUAUCCACUUACCUAUUAUUUCCUUAAUUUUGUGUAUAAUGAUGGAAGGAAUAGGAACAGAAACACAUGAUGAAACACAGAGAGAAAUAGGUGAGUUUACAAAGAAAAUUGAUGAAAAUGUCACAAACUUACAAGUUCACGACUCGUCUUUGGAUUACAAAGGAAAGCUUCCUCUUCGAGCUUCGACUGGCUCAUGGAAAGCAUCCUUCUUUAUCAUAGCAAUAGAGUUUAGUGAGAGGCUAAGUAACUUUGGAAUAGCAACAAAUAUGAUAACGUACAUGACCAAAGUGAUGCACCAAGACUUGGAAACGGCGGUCAACAGUGUGAAUUUAUGGGCCGGAGUUUGUACUGUUAUGCCUUUGCUUGGUGGGUUCCUUGCUGAUGCAUAUACCGGUCACUACUUCAUGAUUCUUUUCUCCGCCAUCCUCUAUGCUCUUGGUUUAGGUGUUUGGACCAUGUCACAAUAUGUUCCUAGCCUUAAACCUUGCGGUGCAACCUUGACUACAUGCGAGCAUGUUACCAAGGUCCAUGAGUUGGUAUACUUUUUAGCGGCCUAUCUUGUGGCCCUAGCAGCAGGAGGCUACAAGCCAUGCUUAGAGAGCUUUGGGGCGGACCAAUUUGAUGACAACCAUACGAAAGAACGAAAGCAAAAGAUGUCGUUUUUCAACUGGUGGAGCAUUGCUCUUUGCACCGGCCUAUUAUUUGGAGUGACUUUGAUUGUGUAUGUACAAGACUACGUAAGUUGGGGACUUGGAUUUCUAAUCCUAGCCAUAACUAUGGGAUUUAGUGUCUUAAUUUUUGUUCUUGGAAGGCCCUUUUAUCGUUACAAGGCCGCUCUUGGAAGUCCCUUGACCCCAUUGUUGCAAGUUUUAGUUGCUGCCGUGGCCAAAAGAAAUUUAGCUUGUCCUUCUAAUCCAUCCUUGUUGUAUGAGACGCCGGAUUCAGGGAAGCUCCAAGGCCGGCGUUUGGGUCAUACAAAUAGGCUCAGAUUUUUUGACAAAGCUGCAAUCAUCGAAAAUCAUGAAAGUAAAGGAGUAGCCACGAAGAAACAAAGUCCAUGGAGGCUAGCAACCGUGACACGAGUGGAGGAAUUGAAAUUAUUAAUAACCAUGGUUCCCAUAUGGCUAACUUCCCUAGUGUUCGGCAUAGGCAUUGCCCAAGGUGGCACAUUUUUCGUUAAACAAGGGAGUUCAAUGAAUAAGAACAUAAUCAAAGACUUCGAAAUCCCAGCAGCUUCUAUGAAUGCCCUAAUAGCCCUAGGGAUGAUUGUCACAAUUUCUUUUUACGACAAGGUCCUUCUCCCAUACUUAAGACGAGUCACAAACAAUGAGAGAGGCAUCAACAUCCUUACAAGAGUUGGUAUUGGCAUGGUCUUGUUAAUCAUUGCAUUUAUGAUAUCGGCCUUGGUUGAAAGGGAAAGGUUAAAGGCGUCACUAGAAGGGAAAAUAAUGAACAUGUUUUGGCUAGCUCCUCAAUACUUAAUCCUUGGUAUAGGAGACGGGUUUUCUCUAGUAGGAUUGCAAGAAUACUUUUAUGAACAAGUUCCUGACUCUAUGAGGAGCUUAGGAAUGGCGUUUUUCCUAAGUAUUAUCGGCUUUGGGAGCUUCCUUACUAGCUUUUUAAUCAUCAUUGUAAAUAGCUUGACAAAGAUGCAUGGAGGAAAGGGAUGGAUAGGCAAGGAUUUGAACCAUAGUCAUCUUGAUUAUUUUUACUGGCUCUUGAUGACCAUUUUUGUAUUAAAUAUGUGUGUAUUUGUGCUAUUGUCUAAGAAUUAUAGGUACAAAAGUGUUCAGAGAAGUGUGGUUAUAGUAGAUAAUUCUUGUGAUGGUGAGAAUAAAAUGGAGCCGGGUUGUGUAUAAAGAGAGCUUAAUAAAAGUGACGUUGAAUUAUUGUUUGUUCAUCAUGAA